AUGGCUUCUGUCAACACUCUCUUUAAUCAAAAUGAUCUUGAACAUCCACAGAAAGCAACCAAGUACAAAGUUAUUACCAGUUUCUUUGUUGCCAUGCUAAUCCUUUCUUCUUUGGUAAUUAUAAUUCAUAACCAACUACAAGAGCCACAAGGUGGCUACCAGUCCACCUCCAACGCUUCAUCAUCACUGGAUAUCGGGUUGAAACCUUUGUCAAGACGGACAAUGUUGUUGGAGAAGGUUGCAAAAGCUAAUGAUAGCAUAAAAUGGCAACGAUCUGCUUUUCAUUUUCAGUCUGAUAAGAACUUCAUGAGUGAUCCUGAUGGUCCAUUAUAUCAUAUGGGUUGGUAUCAUUUGUUUUACCAGUAUAACCCAUACUCAGCCAUCUGGGGCAAUGUAACAUGGGCUCAUGUAGUUUCCAAAGAUCUCAUCAACUGGUUCCACCUCCCUUUAGCCAUGGUUCCGGAUCACUGGUAUGACAUCAAGGGUGUUAUGACCGGCUCUGCCACCAUUCUUCCUGAUGGUCGUAUUAUCAUGCUCUAUAGUGGUUCAGCCUAUGAUCUCACUCAGCUUCAAUGCCUUGCCUAUCCUCUUAACCAUUCAGACCCUCUUCUCAUCCAUUGGGUCAAAUAUGAUGGUAACCCUGUCCUUUUUCCUCCUCCUGGUAUCGGGCUCAAAGACUUCCGGGACCCAUCUAGUCUGUGGAUUGGACCCGACGGUAAGUACAGAAUGAUCAUGGGCUCAAAGCAGAACAAUACUAUAGGUUGUGUCUUAGUUUUCCACACCACUGACUUCAUUCAUUUCGAGCUGUUGGAUGAGGUGCUCCAUUCGGUUCAAGGUACUGGUAUGUGGGAGUGUGUUGAUUUGUACCCGGUGUCCAUAACAGAAACAUACGGGUUGGAUAUGUCAGAUCAUAAUUGGUUAGAUGCUAAGUAUGUGUUGAAGCAAAGUGGUGAUGAAGACAGACAUGAUUGGUAUGCAAUCGGGUCAUAUGACCCACUUAAGGAUAAAUGGUAUCCAGAUGAUCCAGAAAUAGACUUGGGUAUCGGGUUGAGAUAUGAUUAUGGGAAGUUUUAUGCAUCAAAGACGUUUUAUGACCCGAAUAAGAAGAGGCGAAUCCUGUGGGGAUAUGUUGGAGAAACAGAUACGAAAAAAGAUGAUCUCAUGAAAGGAUGGGCAAACAUUUUGAAUAUUCCAAGAACCGUGGUUUUGGACACAAAGACUCAAACAAAUCUGAUUCAAUGGCCUGUCGAGGAAGUGAUGACAUUGAGGUCUAAAGAGCAUUACGAAUUCAAAGAUGUUGUGUUGCACCCUGGAAUAGUCAAACCUCUUGAUAUAGGCUUGGCCACACAGCUGGACAUAUAUGUUUCAUUCGAAGUAGAUGAAACUUUGCUGUGUUCAACACUAGAAGCCGACGUUUUGUACAACUGCACCACAAGUGAUGGUGCGGCUACGAGGGGCGCCUUGGGGCCAUUUGGGCUUAUGGUUCUAGCAGACGCAGAACGUUGUGAACAAACCCCUGUCUAUUUCUACAUAGCAAAGAAUACUGAUGGUACUACCAGAACUUAUUUCUGUGCUGAUGAAUCCAGAUCAUCAGAGCUUUUAGAUGUCGGCAAAAGAGUAUAUGGUAGUACUGUUCCCGUACUCCAUGGUGAAAACUACAACAUGAGGUUAUUGGUAGACCAUUCGAUAGUAGAAAGUUUUGCACAGGAAGGCAGAACGGUGAUAUCAGUUAGAGUGUAUCCUACAAAGGCAAUCUAUGAAGCAGCCAGAGUAUUCUUAUUCAACAAUGCCACUUCCAUAACUGUGAGGGCCUCUAUCAAGAUUUGGAAGAUGGGGGAAGCAAAACCUAAACCUUUCCAUCCAUAAAUGGAUUUAUCAAGGACAUUGUCGUAAAUUCUAAGCCCGUAUAUCAAAUUCAUGUUUUUUUGUGUGUGUAUAAUCUAUAUGUG